CUCUCUCUCUUUCUUUUUCGGUUUCCUAAAGCCAUACUCUUUCCGGAUUUCAUCUACUGUUUAUUCCUCUCUCUUUCUCUCUCAAAACCGCCGGAAAACCUCUCUGUUGUCGCCGGUAAACCGCUUGUUUGCCGGUAUUAGUUCCGUUCAUCCUUUCCGGUGAACAGUUCGCGGCACGAGCAGUUACACACACGCACAGGAGCUAUUUAACCGGUGGAAAUUGUUUGUUUCUAGAGCCUAAGGCGGUUUAACCGGUGGAAACUGUCCGAUCUUUGCGUUAGAGACGGUUUCGAGAUAAUGUGGCGGUGAUACGUGACGAGAUCGUGAUUUGCGGUUGAAGUUUGUUGCGGUGUAACUGAUUCUGUUAUUCUGUUUCGUUCGUGAAGUGAGAGAAGACGGAGGCUUCCGGUGAGAAAGUUCGGAAUGAGAUGGUGGAAGGAAGGGUUUGUUUCACCAGAGAAGACACGUUAAAAUAUCUGAAGCAUAAGAGGCUUCAGCGGAUGAAAUCCGGCACUGUGAACGAUGCUGCAUUUGUGUCUAACCUAAUGACUCGAAGUGGAGGAGAUGCAUUAAGAGGUUCUGCAUCUUCAAGUGAUGGAUUAUUCAGCAAUCUGGAUUCAUGUGGGCGAGAUAAUACGUCAAAACCCACAGUUGAAAAGUUCGAUUUAAACGAUCUUGAUUGGACAGAUAAGGUUCCAGAGUGCCCUGUAUACUUUCCAAGUAAAGAAGAGUUUGAGGAUCCUUUGGUUUAUCUCCAAAAGAUAGCUUCAGAAGCUUCAAGAUUUGGUAUAUGCAAGAUUGUUUCGCCUUUGAGUGCUUCAGUUUCUGCUGGUACAGUUUUGACAAGAGAGAAAGUUGGUUUUAAGUUUACUACACGAGUGCAACCUCUUCGUCUUGCUGAGUGGAAUACUGAUGAUAAAGUCACCUUCUUCAUGAGUGGAAGAAAUUAUACAUUCCGUGAUUAUGAGAAACUGGCGAACAAGAUAUUUGCUCGUAGAUAUUACAGCACUGGGUAUCUUCCUGUUUCAUAUAUGGAAAAAGAGUUCUGGCAUGAGAUAGCAUGUGGAAAGACAGAAAGUGUUGAAUAUGCUUGCGAUGUUGAUGGCAGUGCUUUUUCUUCUUCUCCCACUGAUCAACUUGCAAGUAGCAAAUGGAAUUUAAAGAAAGUCUCAAGACUGUCCCAUUCUACUCUACGUCUGCUUGAAACAACGAUUCCGGGAGUUACCGAGCCUAUGCUUUACAUUGGUAUGCUAUUUAGCAUGUUUGCCUGGCAUGUAGAAGAUCAUUACUUAUAUAGUGUGAAUUAUCAUCAUUGUGGAGCUGCAAAAACAUGGUACGGUGUUCCCGGUCAUGCCGCUCUGGAUUUCGAAAAGGUGGUUCGAGAAAAAGUGUACACUAACGACAUUUUAUCAGCAGAUGGGGAAGAUGGUGCUUUCGAUGUUCUUUUAGGAAAGACAACCUUAUUUCCUCCAAAUAUAUUAUCGCAACACAAUGUUCCGGUUUAUAAAGCUGUUCAAAAACCUGGAGAAUUUAUCGUAACCUUCCCACGAGCAUAUCAUGCGGGAUUUAGCCAUGGUUUCAAUUGCACCGAGGCUGUAAAUUUUGCAAUCGGUGAUUGGUUCUUGUUGGGAUCAGUCGCUAGUCAUCGUUACGCACUUUUAAACCGUAUACCGCUUCUUCCUCACGAGGAACUUUUGUGCAAAGAAUCCAUGAUUCUCCAUUCAAGUAUGGAAUAUGAAGAUCGAUCUUGUGAGGAUGGAAUAUCUCAUAGACACAUUAAAGCAGCAUUCGUGAAUUUGAUCCGUUUUCAACACCGUAUACGUUGGUGUCUAAUGAAAUCAAGAGGAUACAUGGGUGCUUCCACGCAUUCUCAUGGAACUAUUCUCUGCAGUGUUUGCAAACGCGACUGUUAUGUGGCGUAUAUUAACUGUGGUUGCUAUCUACAUCCUGUAUGCCUUCGCCAUGAGUUUAAGCUACUUAACCUACCUUGUGGAGACAAAUUUACAAUCUCGGUAAAGGACGAUAUCUUAGACAUGGAGGAUGUAGCGAAAAUGUUUGAGCAAGAAAAAGAUAUUAUAUAUGAGGUUCAACGGCAAUCUAAAGUUUCCACUGACAUGAUUCUACUAUCUAAAUUGUAUCCGAUAACUGAACACGAAGCGUAUAAUCCAUAUUGCAAAAUCUCUUUUGGACCUGAUCUGAACAAGCGGUGUGGUUCGGAGAUUCUGGAUGCGUCUACAGUCUGUUCUUCAUCAGAAAGUUUAUCUUUAACUAACCAUCAGGUACAUGGUGAUAGUAAUUAUACUGUGGAGGUUAGAAAUACGUGUCAAGAAAGUGAUGAUUCUGACUCGGGAACGUUUAGGGUCAAACGCCGUGCAUCUUCAAAGUCAGAGAACAGAAAUGCAUAUGAUUCUGUCCCUCCAGGUUUUGAAAAUCAGGGGCUAAAACGGUUGAAGAGAGUACAACCCGAAGUAAGAUCUCGGCAUGAUUCAGCAUCCGAGCGUUCUAUUCACUAUAAAGAAGCGGAUCAAAUUGUAUCAAAUAGAGGAUCCACCACUCACAUCUCAAUUAAGUACAACAAGACGGGAAAUGAAGAAGCUGUGAGUAAAUAUAAAGAUUGCAACUUGAACCAUGAACCUGGAAAAACCACAAGGGAACCACCGCAUCAAGAGAAAGGUCCAAAACGACUAAAAAUUAAAGGCCCUUCAAUUACAGGGUCGGACUACUUACACUUCACACGUUGACUACUGAUUUCUUAGAGCGUUGACUUUUUUCUAAUUUCUAACAAACAAGGGAAAGCAGCAGAGAAUUGACCCACAAAUUUUUAGAUGAAAGAAAAGUACAUUUUUUUUUUGUGCAGACCUCAAAUUGGGGUGUGAUUUGCACGGUGGCGAAUAUGUAACGUUUCUUGGGCCGGGUUCAUUUUAAAGAAUUCGGCAGCAGAUUUUUCUUUUCUAUCAGUUUCUGCAAAAUUUGAAGGUAAAAGUAGUCGUGAUUUUAGCAGUUUCUUUUGAUGUACAUCUUGUUAUUAACUGUUGAUUAAUUUUUUUGUGAGAUGGAAAGUGUCACAAAGUCUGCUUCUUUCAUUCUUUUUCCAGCAAUAAAAAAUUCAGAUAUUUUUUAA